GUCAGCAUAUUUCUUUGACACGUAACUACACAAUAGAGUGGUGUCUUAAUUCGUUUCGAGAAUUUCUGUUUGUUUUACAGCUUUCUUCUUGAAUUUAGGCACCUUGCAGCUCCCUGUCCAGUCUGCCACGACACUGACAGAUUCCUGGGCUGGACCGCCUUUGAUAAGCAUCCUAUGGUAUUUUGUUCAAGAUGGCGGUGGCGAGCAUGGAAAAGGACGCGAUAAACACCGAAGAUGAUGUUCACCUUAAUAAUUCGUUUGGAGAUUCUGGGUUUAUCUCCCCUGAUAAAGAAGACAUCUCUCGUAUUCUGACAGUUCCUUUCAGUGGACGGAUCAGAGGUGGGAUGAGGCCUGGGAAGAAAAUCAUAAUAAUGGGCAUCAUUGAUCCAGAGCCAGACAGCUUUGACAUCAGUUUGACCUGUGGUAACAGUGAGGAGAAAGAUGAUGAAGAGCUCAUUGAUGUGGCCCUUCAACUCCGCGCACGAUUCACCGAAAGGCAGUUCCUGAGGAAUGCACAGGUUUCUGGGAAAUGGAGUGAGGAAGAGGCACCCAUAGCUUACUUCCCCUUCAUCCCGGACCAGCCUUUUAGGGUAAUGAGCUGA